GAAGUGUCUUUCUUUGGCAGGUUGGGGGCGAGGAAGAAGGGUUGGAAAAGAGGAGGAAGAGCAAAAUCGCCAUUUAAAAAGACAUCUCGUCUUCAUUUAACCUGCCAUUUGCUCUUUCUGAUUUGGAUAACGUAUAUUAAGAAAUCCAUAAUGAGCAUCUUUGGUGUGGCAGUUAUUAGCACCCUACUGUGCUCUGUUUGGUCAUCAACCAUUAAAGCAAAAGAUGAACACCGCACUGCUUUCUUUGGGGAGGAUAUUCAUAUUCCCGUGCCGGCUUUAGACACAACAGAGGUGAUGUUCAAGCCGAGGGUGGAGCCGCUGUCUGAGCGGGUUCUCCUGCGGAACAGGGACCUUCUGAAUCCGAGAGCCAAACUGAACACUCACAUCAGCCAGUUGAUUCUGGAGGAUGUGGGCGAGGAAGAUGAGGGCACAUAUGUGGUGAAGAAUUCUUUGGCUCCAGCUGAUGUCAGACGGAUCAUUCUCAUUGUUAGAGACUGUGCACUAGAGACCGUGGUGAAAUAUGGAGACACAUAUCACAUCCCGAUCAACCCUACGAUUGGUCCAUACACCCUUGAGUUCAGGUAUGGAGGUCAGACUAAUGUUAACCAGACCACAGAUGCACCACCUGUGCUGCUUUUCAACCGGACUGCUUUCCCUAUGGAAGAGUACGAGAACCGUCUCACAGUCAACGAGAAAAGGGUAAACCUUCAUUUGGUCACAGGAGCAGAUGAGGGCAGCUACACCAUCGUGGACAGUGAUGGAAAAGUCAAAAUGAGGGCCUGUCUCAAUGUGAAAGAUCACCAGAUCUUUGAGCACUUGAGUUAUGGAGGAACCCUGAAGAUCAAGCUCCAUGUGGAUCACACCAAAGUUAAAAUGGUCUACAUUCCUGACACUGACCACAAGGAGCAACUCAUCCUGGACCAGGGAGAGUUGGUGCUGCCUCUGGAUCCUGCCUUGGAGGGUCGAGUGUCUGUUGAAGGAUCUUUGUUCUUCCUGAAGAAAGUCAAAGUCAGUGACAUGGGUGUCUUUAGAGUGAUGGACUUUUCAGGCUUCCGGAUAGCUGACGUUUACCUUCAUGUUGAGUCCUAUAAGUUGCCACAGUUCUACGUAGCAAUCAUCUCCCUGCUGUCUCUGCUUGCGUUCCUGCUGUUGGUGUGUCUACUGUCCUGUCUGAUUAGGGUUCACCGUCGGGCAGAGAGAGAACGUAAGAUCACCCUAAUCGCUCAGCAGGCUGGCAAGGGUGAUGGAGAGGCAUUCAGACAGGUGGUUAGUGAAGCUUAUACUAGAUUCGCAGAGGACUCCACCAUGCAGUCCACAUGGGAGAACAACACUGAGAGCACAGAAGUUGAGAUCAAAGGACUUGAGGUAUCAAAACCAGGUCAGUACCAGGCUCUCCCUUCUGACAAAAACUUCUUGGAGGUGAAUGACUCGGGUGUGGAAUUCAAUUCAUCCACGCUCCCUCUGGACAGUGAUACAGACGUACCAGACAAUUUCACCUCUCACAAGCUCCUUCUUGAGUCUGACACUCUCGCCGGUGUCCCCCCAGCCAUUUCUGAAGGUGACCACAGUGCCACUCGCACCCCUGAUUCUGUCCUGAGUGCCAGCCCGGUGGUCCAUCCCAAAUCUGGGGCUCAAACAGAUGGUAAUUUGAUUGAAGCCACCAUACCUGAAGGAAUGGCCAAAGCGAAUGAGCUAGAAGCAAAGACGAGCAAAGAUGCCUCGCCACUUUCUGAGAAAGUCAUCACAUUGGAUCCAGUCACUGGAACCACAACCUGAGGACUGUAAGGAAAUACAUCAGUAUUCUUAGUCUCACUAACCGACUUAUCAGUCUCUACCUUUACACCAAUGUGAACACUUUUCAUCUGUAAUUCAUCUGGCUUGGACUCAUCUGAUCUACAACAAAUGCUUGUCGAACAAGCAAAAAAACUUAAUCCCAGAAGACAACACAAGAGUUGACAACACACUCAAAUUAAUGAAAUUAACUUUGGACAAAAACAAUGAUUAAAUGGACCCACACAAUGCAUGCCUUCGAAUUACUGAAGAGUUCUUGACUAUCUAGCAGCCAAAUGCCAGAUUAGAGUGAUCAUGUAGUGCAUGUGAAGAAGAAAAAUAAACUCACAACACAUUUCAAGACAAACAUAUAGAUGGUAGAUUUUUAACUACUGAACCAUGCUGCUGGAACUGAGGCAUUUAUGAAAGUGUCAAACUGCCUGAAAUUCAAAGGAAGCUUUAAGCAACAUCUGAAGAAAAUGGGUGUCCUACUCUCAUAUUUUCCAAAGAGUUCAUGUACCAAAUACCAGAAGAAUACAUUCUGAGAUAUUUUGAGAGUUUCUUCAUUUGGUCGACCACUUCAACUAGACCUGGUGGGAACUCUUUGUUUGAGACCUUUUAAAGUCAAAACCAACUUUGAAGUGCAUUAAUAAUUUUUGCUUAUGGUAAACUAAACACCCUGAUGAAUGAGGAUCAUGUAGGUGACAGGUAUCUGAUAUGGUAGCUUAACUUUGUAAAUGGGAUCAGCUGUGGUCGAGGGUUUUGGCUCUAGUCCAGAGAAACUCUGCUGAUGGAACAGCUUGUCUCAGCAGUUUCAGGUGCUGACUCCGCUGGGGUGUCUCCACAACUUUCGGCUUUCCUGUUAUCCCUUUUCUUUUUUCCUCCUCUAUGAUCCUUUAUUCUCUCUCAUUUGGAUGUGUUUGAACAGAUGAAAGCACUUUGGAUAGUUGCAAGUUCUUGAAGGAACCUCUGUUUCUUAUGUCAGUGUCUCCGUGACAAUGACAAUAAUUGUUGGUGGUACGUUUUUUGGAGCUUUUUAGAUUUGCAGAGAAAAUGCAGAUUCUGGAUAGCAAAUUGUGUAAUGACUUCAUGAGCAUCUCAUUCUUUAAAUCUCUUGACACCAUUCAUGGGUUCAUGUUGACGGUUUGCAAUGCUGUCAGCUGAACUUGACAAGGGUCUGAAUCGCGAGGUGAACUGAAUACAGAAAUGAAAAAUCUAAUAAUCUAACCCUUUUUCAAUAUAUGUCAAUACGCUUAAAUCUGCAUAAAAUACAUUAAUAUUUUCACAUGUGACAACAAAACUUACAAAAAGCAUCUUUUAUUAUUGUGAUGUUAAACAUUGAUAGUUUAAACUGUAAAAUGCAUCAACAUUUUUCUACCUUUGGAAGACUUCCUUUCCUUUAAAAUACUUUAAAAUUUAUUAUAAAUCAUCAACGUCUAGACGCACAAUCUCUAACUCUUUUUCUUUAAAUAAUUUUCUCAUUGCACUCAAUUGUAAGGUCUUAAUUUGACUCUUAAUGAGGUACAUAUUUGUUAACUACUUGAUUUUUGGUAAAUGUGCGAAAUCUUGCACACUUUCUAAGAUACUUUUAAUGCUGAUAAAUGACAAGAAAUACAAUGCAGUAUUACAAUGAGUUGUAGCUUGCAUCAUGAGAUGUGGCAUGGCCUGCUGGUAAAAUUGCUACCUCAUGUUUUGAUGUCUGAAGAUUGCAGAGAGGGAACAUGACUGAUGGUCGACCGAUAAUAGAGUUUGCUGAUAAGGAUAACAGAUUAAUCGGCGGAUAGUUUUUAAAAUCGUUAUACUGAAUGUGUUUAAAAAAAAAAAUAUAUAUAUAUAUAUAUAUAUAU